AUGGAUUUCAUGUUCGAUGCAGAUACUUACGCAAUGAGUUCAGAUGCCGAGUCUGGCAACGGGAAAAACGCCGGAUCACCGAAGCAAAACGGAUUACCGUCGUUUCAGAUCCAAUCCGAUCUUUCGAAGCGGCUUUCUAGUCUCAGUAUCAUCCAAUCUAUCAAUAAAGGUCUCGGGAGGAAAAAGGCACAGAUACAGAACACAGAGGGAAUAUCAGCAUCUGGUCCGGAACCGACAUCAUCGCAGGCAAUGGAGUAUGCACAGAGUUCAUUGAGUCUGUUAGAGGACUCUUCUGAGGGGGUGGCAUCGAAAAAUAUGAUCAAUCAGAUGAAAAGUAAGUCAGCACGAGGUUUGGACUCAGAUAUCCUCAAAAGCCGCCUAGAUCGGGUUUUCGGUCAAACAGGGUACGAUUUCUCUCUUCGACAAUCGAUUUCGCUUCUUGAGGAGCGGAUAAAUGGAAAGAACGGGGCACUUUCCCCGGAAAACGAUCAAGAUUCGUUUCAUCAAGAGUAUUUAGUUCAGCCAGGCCCUUCAGGUACAAUAAACAGGCGUAAACUACGCGGAAAGGUUGAGGAGGGCAUGUUGAGGCGGCAUUUUUUGAUGUUGCAUGCUUUUCAGCCGAUUGCACGGAAGCUCGAGUACUUGAAAUCGGACUUGGAUGACCUAAACGACAGCUAUGAUGGCAUAAAAGCAAGAUUGGCAGAGGAGAUAGGCAAGUCUGGAGGUGUACGAAAAAACCUGCGGGAGAAGGUGAGGCAGCGUGACCUUUUAGCUGUCAAGAAGCACCUGUUGACGAGUUUCCAGGAUAAGUUUAUGUUGAGCCAGUAUGACGAGCACUAUCUCAUGACUGGAGAUAUUGACGAAACGUACUUCGACAUUUUGCAGAAGGUGUCGACGAUCUGCUCCAAUUGCGACAUUCUACUUGGCAUGGAUAAUGACAGGCUUGGAACGUUCAUUAUGGCGAAGAUGGGCUCGAUUAAGGAUAUGGCUACGGACCGGAUGUCGGCAUACUUGCAAAAAAACUUGAAUGCAACUUACCAUCAGGACUCGAUGACCAGAGACUCGCAGAAUGUGCUGAAUUUGCAGAAGUCGAUGGUGUACAUCCGGAAAAACAGCAUAGAGAAGUUCAACAUCAUCGUUUAUGGUCUCAUCAAGCAGAGAUCGCAGGCCUUGGUGUCUGAUUUCAACGCUCAACUCAAAGAUUACUCGAAUGCAGCUUCAACAAGACCAGCAGCAACUUUCGACAGCUCCAAAAAGCCGCUCUACCUCUCUUCGUAUGACUCUAAGCGCUUCACAUCGGAUGUCCUCGCUUACAUACACAGUACCAUUGUGAACGAGCUGGAAAUGGUUGAGUCACUCUUCAGUUUUGAUCAGGGAGAUGUCCAGAAUCAGGAUUUGUUGGAUGUGAUCGGUGUGGUUGGGAACAAAGUUGUGGAUUCACUAAGUGUUCCCCUGAAAGCAGCCUUGGAGAGCACUAUCAGGCAGGAAUACAAGAUCGAGACUGUUGUGCAGCUAUACGACCUCAUAGAUCUAUACUGUAUGAUGUACGGGAAGCUCAUCAACGGUGAGAAAAGCGGGCUUGUUGCAAUUCUCUUGCAGAUGAAGCAGUAUGCCAGAGAUAGGCUCUUCACGCUGAUUCAGGAAAGACUCAAGGCACUAAAAGUGACAAGUGAGGCCGAGGAGCUAGACGAAGACUUUUUGGGCUUACCCGAUUGGCUUGUGGACUUCUACACAGACUAUCUACGCAUAUUCGACUCGGUGAGUGCGACAUCGAAGAAUUCCGACUUUGUCGGCAUGGACAGCGAGAAAUUCAACAGUUUAUGCUGCUUGCUUGUCGACGAGCCAAUCAGAAUCCUUCAGGUGCAGGCAAAGAAGUCGGCACUUGGCAAACAGGGCAUUCUCAUAUUCGAGAUUAACGCUGUUGAUUUUAUACACUCAAAGGUGGAAGUGACGCCUCUACUAUCGGCCGUAAAGGAGAAAUACACAUGUGACAAGUUGAAGGAACUCGUUACAGCAAUUACACAGUAUCAGUUUACGCAGCUUCUCAAGAACUCGGGAUUGUUCGAUAUAUACAACUUGGUGAACAUGAUUUUCGCCCUAGAAGACGACUUUUUCGAUGUGUCUGUGUACGAGCCGAUAACGCAAAACAAGCUUUUCCGCGCGGAUACGUUCCAGGUAGCCAAUCAGAAGCUCCAGGAGUACCUUGCCACAUAUAUAACAUCGGAUGAUCUCAACAAACUCAUAUCGCCAAGUAUCCUUUCGGCAGUUUCCGUUGAUCCAUGCGUCCACUUCGUGAAAUUCUACCACAAUCUCACGCUUAUUGUGGCUGAGUACCUCAAGGAUGAAAACGACCAGCCCUUGCCGGUUUUCCAGUGGGAUUACCGGCAUGUUGCAACGCUUUUGGGAGUAGACGACUCGGCUGAACUUGUAUAA